AAACGUUGGUCUGAGGGAGGGAAGUGCGGUAGUGAGUGCCAAAUGUGAGAGAAAGAAAAUUAAGAAAACGAGUGAAGUGUCAGUUGGUUAAGCCGAAAUAGGAAACGCAUUGAGAGACGGACAGAGAGAGCGCAAAUAGGCCUCAGAUUGAUUUUCAAAACAUCUAGUCAUAAGUAACCAAAAUAGAAUGUCGGAGAGCUUUAACGAACGUACGUGACAGAUCGCAAUAACAACAGAGUGUCCGACCGAUAGCAAAUGGAACUGAACGAUGUGAAGCGGGAAGGAAUAUGAACACGAAAUAUAAAGAGAGAAAACAAAAGGAGGGAUAAAGUGGUAAAGAUAAAAUAAAAUUGAAGAAGAAUUUUAUUUUUUGGAAAUAUUUCCCGAAGACGAAAAAAGUUUAAAAUGUACCGAAUAAAAAGACAAAUAAAACAAAACUAAAAAAAAAAAAAAAAAAAAAAAACUAGUGAAACAAAGAAAAAAACAACAACUCACAAAGGCAUAAGAAAAACAAAACAAAAAAAUAUCCUACAUGUGCAACAUACCCAUCGCCGAGAGACUCAUCAUGUGGUUCCAUCGGGGAAUUUACCACGUCAACCCGAAGGGCAGCGUCGUGGGGCAGAUGGGCGCCGGGAUGACCUUCGGCGAGUCCGUGAUCAACGACGUCCCGCGGAAGAGCACCAUCACCACCAGGGAGAACUGCGAGCUCCUGAGGGUCGAGCAGAGGGACUUCAGGCAUCUGUGGCAGAAAAACAAGGAGUUUAUGCAAGACAUGAUAUAUAAUUCCACCAGAAAAGAAACCUCCGGGUCGGUGCUGGACGAGGGCCGCGCCCUGUGGCGGCGCGUGGGUUCGCGGCGCCGCCGCUCCGCCACGCCGCGCGAGCUGCCGAAGGAGCCGACGCCGCGCGAGGAGCAGCGCCGCGCGUCGGCCGUGUCGCCGACGCGCGCGGCGUCUUCGUCGCCCGUGCGCAUCCCCGGAGGUCACCAGCCGCGCAGCAGCUCGGCGUCGGCGCCGCGCAGCUCGCACACACUGCCGCGCAGCUUCAGCAUCGCCCGCGGCGCCACGACAGGCGAGCCGCCGCCAGCCGCCAUGGCCGCGUCGCCCGCCGCAGGGCCCUCGGGGGAGACGUCCCUCGGCAAAGCCAAGCGCGAGUCACCCACCACCUCCAGGGGCGGCGACUCCUCCUCCAGGAACUCAACGCCUCGGGGCACGCCCACCCGCUCCUCGCCGGUGUACGGCACGCCCUGUCGCGAGCCCCCGCCCGCGGUGCGGCGGCCCAGCCUGACGCGGGCGGCGAGCUUCGACAGCCCGAGCGUGAGCCCGCGGCGCUCCAGCCUGCGCAGCGCCGUCCUGCGGCUGCGCUGCGAGUCGCAGGACACGGCGGAGGAGGACGAGGAGGAGGAGGAGGACGCGGCGCUCCGGGCGGGCUACGCCAGGCGCCCCGAGCGAGCCCACGACGACGACGACGGCGACGACGACGACGAAGGCGACGGCGAUGAGGACGACGACGAUGACGACGACGACGACGAGGCCAAGGGCCACCGCGUCAUGAACGGCGACGGCGGCAAGGGCGGCGGCAAGGGCGGCGCCGCCAGGAGGAGGGGCAGCCGCAGGGCGAGCAGGACCAGGGUGGAGCAGCAGCGGUCGCAGGAGCUGGACUCGCCCAGCACGGCCGCCGUGCCCAUCGUCGAGGCCCCCAGCGUCAGGAUCUGUGAGGCGGCUUGGGUCCUUCGCACGAUGCUCCUCUCCCGCGCCCCUCACCUCCUGAAGGACCGGCGGCACCACGGCAGACUCCAGCCUCGGUGUGGCGUCGGGACGGAGCUGACGGAGUGGCUGCUGGCGCUGUCCUCCGUCGUGCACUCCAGGUCCCAGGCGGCGGGCAUGUGGCAGUGUCUGCUGGAGGAGGGCGCGCUGUAUCACGUAACGGGCGAGCAGCCGUUCCGCGACAAGUACAUCUUCUACCGGUUCCUGGAGGACGCCGCCGCCGCCCCCGGGAUCCCUCCGGCCGCGCCUUCGUCAGCAGAGCGCAAGGAGGCGGAGGAGAGACUCACGCCCAUCCUGGCCUUCCUGCAGCAGAGGGCGCCCGACGCGGUGCUCAGGAUGAUUCUCCGGAAGCCGAGCCACGAGCGGACGAUCGAGGACCAGGAGCUGAUCUACGAGGAGCUGCUCCACCUGAAGGCGUUGGCUCACCUGUCCAACUCGGUCAAGCGGGAACUCGCGUCCGUGAUCAAGUUCGAGUCCCACUCCAGGGAAGGAACGAUCUGUGAGUACACAGUGAUGUCGGGGACGCCCCAGAAGAUGCUCGAGCACCUGCUGGAGACGCGGCUGGACGGGCGUCGCGGGAGCGUGGGCGGCGGCGGCGGCGGGGGCGGCGGUGACCUCCCUGACCUCCCUCUGAGGCGCUGUGACCUGGCCUCCAUGGACCUCUUCCUGGACGACUUCCUCUUGACCCACAUCGUGUUCAUGCCCUACGCCCAGCUGACCCAGGAGCUGCUCAGACAAUAUCCUUUUGGGAGAAAAAGAAUAACCCUCCAAGAGGAAGUGGCGCGCGACAUGGAGUCCUUCGGCUCGGCGCUGCGGGAGGAGGCGGGGCUGAUGCUGAGCGUGGCCGACGCCCUCGAGCGCCACGAGCGGGACGGGUCGGCCGCGGGCGUGAACAAGUGGAAGCUGCCGACGAGCGGGCGGCCGAUCAGCCUGUUCGGGGUGUCGUCCCACGAGGACAAUGUGGAGGCGCACCGCAUGAUGAGGGCGCAGGAUGACAGUAAGGGCGGCGGCUUGGCACCGGAUAGUUCUGUGUCGCACCUUUUGAUGUCGUCUUCUGUAAUCUUCCGCGUCUACUGCGCCGAUCACACGUAUUGCACCCUACGAUUCCCCCUUCAGACGACCAGUGACACCAUCAAGCGAUCGGCAGCGGAUAAGUUAGGUCUGAGGCUGGAGCAUCUUCUGCUGGUCGAACUCAAGUCGAAUGGCGAAGUGAUCACCCUCCGGGACAAGGAAGUGUGUCCCCCGACGGGCCUCAGCCUCAACGGCCGCCUCUUCGUCUGCCACAAGGACCACCUCGACGCUCUGACCCCCCUCCCGGAGCAAGAGGGCCCAACCGAGGGCAGCAUCAACCAGCUGGAGAUGUACAGCACGAGGGAGCUGGCCUUCCACAUCACGGCGCACGACUGGGAUCUCUUCAGCGCCAUUCAUGAGUACGAGUUCAUCUACGAGGUGUUCGGGCGCGACCACUUCGGCCAGGUCAUGUGCAACCUGGACGUGUACCUCCGCCGCUUCAACGAACUGCAGUACUGGGUCGUGUCGGAGAUGUGCCUCACGUCGGCGCUGUCCAAGAGGGCGCAGCUGCUCCGGAAGUUCAUCAAGCUGGCGGCCUACUGCAAGGAAGAGCAAAAUCUGAAUGCUUUCUUUGCCAUUGUCAUCGGCCUGAGCAACGUUGCCGUCACUCGCCUCACGCAGACCUGGGAGCGCCUCUCAUCCAAAUUUCGGAAGAUGUACACCGAAUUCGAAAUGCUGAUAGAUCCUUCGAGAAACCACCGAGCUUACAGGAUCUACGUUGCCAAACUUCAGCCUCCCAUCUUGCCAUUCACGCCGCUUCUUAUGAAAGACAUGACCUUCACCCACGAGGGCAAUCGGACGUUCCUCGAGGGCUUGGUCAACUUCGAGAAGAUGCACAUGCUCGCCCAGACGCUUCGCACCAUCCGCUACUGCCGAUCCAAGCCGCUGGCCCUGGAGGCCCCGCCGGUGCCCAAGAACGAGAGCGAGAUCCGGGUCUACGUGAAGAACCUGCAGGUGAUCGACAACCAGCGGCGGCUCCUCUCGCUCUCGCAGCGCCUCGAGCCCAAGCGACCGUAGGAGGGGGCACAGGACACGCCCUUCGUACCCCUGGGAUCUACUCGCGCCCCUGGGAGGUCCUUCGCACUGUUGGAAUGUCCUCUGUUGGCUGGGGACGCGCAUCAUGUCGACGGGACGCUAUUUUGUACUCCUGGGA